CUUACUAAACAUGACCGAUCUCCUUCCCCCACCCUCCUUCUCCUCUCGCCUCUCAGACUAAUUGUGAUUGGUCGCAACGAGACUCGCGGUGUCUCUGAUCAAAGUCCCAGAGGAGGACACUCUAGCCUUGAGUGCUCGGUCGCUUUCUGCCUCACACUUGGAGGAAAGAGCAGGCGUUUUCCGGGCUGCACUCGAUGGUCUCUUUGGACGGAUAGAAGGGAUCGCGCAAGGUAUUAUGGGACAAUAAUGGCCGCGUUCAAGAUUGGUGUCUGGAUCUGUAAGGCCUUCUGAGUGAGGGGUGGUGGUGCCGCCGCCCCAGAAUCUGGGACAGAAGGUCCCGAGAGUCGAGCUUGGUGAGACAUCCCAGAGCCUGUCAUGGAGGAUACCAGCGAGGAUGCCUCGAUUCAUCGAUUGGAAGGAACUGAUAUGGACUCUCAGGUUGGCGGUCUUAUUUGUAAGACCAAAAGUGCAGCCAGUGAGCAGCAUGUUUUCAAGGCCCCCGCCCCCCGCCCUUCAUUGCUGGGACUGGACUUGUUAGCUUCCCUGAAACGAAGGGAGCGAGAGGAGAAGGAUGAUGGGGAGGACAAGAAGAAGUCCAGAAUCUCUUCCUACAAGGACUGGGAGGAGAGCAAGGAUGACCAGAGGGAUGCUGAGGAGGAGGGCAGUGACCAAGCUGGCCGACACAGCCGAAAAGACAGACAUUAUCGGUCUGCUCGGGUAGAGACUCCAUCCCAUCCUGGUGGUGUGAGUGAAGAGUUUUGGGAACGCAGUCGGCAGAGAGAGCGGGAGCGGCGGGAGCAUGGUGUCUAUGCCUCGUCCAAAGAAGAAAAGGAUCGGAAGAAAGAGAGAUCACGGGAUCGAGACUGUGACCGCAAGAGAGACAGAGAUGAGCGGGAUAGAAGCAGACACAGCAGCAGAUCCGAGCGAGAUGGAGGGUCAGAGCGCAGCAGAAGAAAUGAACCGGAGAGCCCGAGACACCGACCAAAAGAUGCAGCUACUCCUUCAAGGUCUGCCUGGGAGGAAGAGGACAGUGGCUAUGGCUUCUCAAGGCGCUCGCAGUGGGAAUCCCCGUCUCCAACACCUUCUUACCGGGAUUCUGAGCGGAGCCAUCGACAGUCCAGUCGUGAUCGGGAUAGGUCCGUGCGGAGCAGGUAUUCAGACGACACACCUCUGCCGACCCCAUCCUACAAAUACAACGAGUGGGCCGAUGACAGAAGACACCUGGGCUCCACGCCCCGUCUGUCCAGGGGCCGAGGGAGACGUGAGGAUGGUGAAGAGGGAAUUUCGUUCGACACAGAAGAGGAACGGCAGCAGUGGGAGGAUGACCAGAGGCAAGCGGACCGGGAUUGGUACAUGAUGGAUGAGGGAUACGACGAGUUCCACAACCCCCUGGCCUACUCCUCCGAGGAUUACGUGAGAAGGCGGGAGCAGCACCUGCAUAAACAGAAGCAGAAGCGCAUUUCGGCUCAGCGGAGGCAGAUCAAUGAGGAUAAUGAGCGCUGGGAGACCAACCGCAUGCUCACCAGCGGGGUGGUCCAUCGGCUGGAGGUGGACGAGGACUUCGAGGAGGACAGUGCGGCCAAAGUGCAUUUGAUGGUGCACAACCUGGUUCCUCCCUUUCUUGAUGGGCGCAUCGUCUUCACCAAGCAGCCAGAGCCGGUGAUUCCAGUCAAGGAUGCCACUUCCGACUUGGCCAUCAUUGCUCGAAAAGGCAGUCAGACAGUGCGGAAGCACAGGGAACAGAAGGAACGGAAAAAGGCUCAACACAAACACUGGGAGCUGGCUGGAACCAAGCUAGGAGACAUCAUGGGUGUCAAAAAAGAGGAAGAGCCAGAUAAAGCUCUGACAGAAGAUGGUAAAGUGGACUAUAGGACAGAGCAGAAGUUUGCAGAUCACAUGAAGAAAAAGAGCGAAGCCAGCAGCGAGUUUGCCAAGAAGAAGUCCAUUCUGGAGCAGCGACAGUAUCUGCCCAUCUUCGCUGUGCAGCAGGAACUUCUGACUAUCAUCAGAGAUAACAGCAUCGUGAUCGUGGUUGGAGAGACAGGGAGCGGUAAGACCACUCAGCUGACGCAGUACUUGCAUGAAGACGGUUACACGGACUACGGGAUGAUCGGGUGCACCCAGCCUCGCCGUGUGGCUGCCAUGUCUGUGGCCAAGAGAGUCAGUGAAGAAAUGGGGGGAAGCCUUGGUGAGGAGGUGGGUUAUGCGAUCCGCUUCGAAGACUGCACGUCAGAAAACACCUUGAUCAAAUACAUGACGGACGGGAUCCUGCUCCGGGAGUCGCUCCGGGAAGCGGACCUGGAUCACUACAGUGCCAUCAUCAUGGACGAGGCCCACGAGCGCUCCCUCAACACUGAUGUGCUCUUUGGGCUGCUCCGGGAGGUGGUGGCUCGGCGCUCAGACCUGAAGCUCAUCGUCACGUCAGCCACUAUGGAUGCAGAGAAAUUUGCUGCGUUUUUUGGGAAUGUUCCCAUCUUCCACAUCCCUGGCCGAACUUUCCCUGUUGACAUUCUCUUCAGCAAGACCCCGCAGGAGGACUAUGUGGAGGCCGCAGUGAAGCAGUCCUUACAGGUGCACCUGUCAGGGGCCCCUGGGGACAUCCUUAUCUUCAUGCCUGGCCAAGAGGACAUUGAGGUGACCUCAGACCAGAUUGUGGAACAUCUGGAGGAACUGGAAAAUGCACCUGCCUUGGCUGUGCUGCCCAUCUACUCCCAGCUACCGUCCGACCUCCAGGCUAAAAUCUUCCAGAAGGCUCCAGAUGGAGUUCGGAAGUGUAUCGUUGCCACCAACAUUGCUGAGACGUCUUUGACUGUCGAUGGCAUCAUGUUUGUUAUUGACUCUGGUUAUUGCAAAUUAAAGGUCUUCAACCCCAGGAUUGGCAUGGAUGCUCUACAGAUCUACCCCAUCAGCCAGGCCAAUGCCAACCAGAGGUCGGGGCGCGCUGGCCGGACGGGCCCAGGUCAGUGUUUCAGGCUCUACACCCAGAGCGCCUACAAGAACGAGCUCCUGACCACCACGGUGCCUGAGAUCCAGAGGACCAACCUGGCCAACGUGGUGCUGCUGCUCAAGUCCCUCGGCGUGCAGGACCUUCUGCAGUUCCACUUCAUGGACCCGCCGCCCGAGGACAACAUGCUCAACUCCAUGUAUCAGCUCUGGAUCCUUGGGGCCCUGGACAACACCGGUGGUCUGACCUCGACGGGUCGGCUCAUGGUGGAGUUCCCCCUGGACCCGGCGCUGUCCAAGAUGCUGAUUGUGUCCUGUGACAUGGGCUGCAGCUCGGAGAUCCUGCUCAUCGUGUCCAUGCUCUCCGUGCCGGCCAUCUUCUACAGGCCCAAGGGCCGAGAGGAGGAGAGCGAUCAGAUCCGGGAGAUUGCUGUCCCUGAGAGUGAUCAUUUGACCUACCUGAAUGUCUACCUGCAGUGGAAGAAUAAUAAUUACUCCACCAUCUGGUGUAACGAUCAUUUUAUCCAUGCCAAGGCCAUGCGGAAGGUCCGGGAGGUACGGGCUCAGCUCAAGGACAUCAUGGUGCAGCAGCGGAUGAGCCUGGCCUCGUGUGGCACUGACUGGGACAUCGUCAGGAAGUGUAUCUGUGCAGCCUAUUUCCACCAGGCAGCUAAGCUCAAGGGAAUUGGGGAGUAUGUGAAUAUCCGGACAGGGAUGCCCUGCCACCUGCACCCCACCAGCUCUCUCUUUGGAAUGGGCUAUACCCCAGACUAUAUAGUGUAUCACGAGCUGGUCAUGACCACCAAGGAGUACAUGCAGUGUGUGACUGCCGUGGAUGGAGAGUGGCUGGCGGAGCUGGGCCCCAUGUUCUACAGCGUGAAACAGGCGGGAAAGUCUCGGCAGGAGAACCGCCGACGGGCCAAAGAGGAGGCCUCUGCCAUGGAGGAGGAGAUGGCCCUGGCUGAGGAGCAGCUGCGAGCCCGGCGGCAAGAGCAGGAGAAGCGCAGCCCCCUGGGCAGUGUCCGGUCUACAAGAUCUACACUCCAGGUCGGAAGGAGCAAGGUGAACCCAUGACCCCUCGCCGCACACCAGCCCGCUUUGGGCUCUGAGCUGAGGCUUUGUCUGCAGAGGAUGCAGCCGUGUAUGGAGUCCUGAGCCCCAUGGCUAGAGCACCUGGGGCCUGCCACCAAACCCCUUCAUCUGCGCGCUUUCAUCUGUGUACGUCAUGGCCCCUGGGGGAGGCUGCGGCAGGGGCCAGCUCUGCAACGGGGAGGAGGAGUUCCUCAGUGCAGGCCUGGGUGCAGAGCAGCAGAGAGCGGCCAGGGCCGUGAGAGGGGGCCGGACCCAUCGUAUCCAAAUAACCAUUCCCAGGAUGCUUGGUGUAUAAAUGACGUGGCCGUGACUAUGGUUUUUUAAAUUCUGUGUAAAGCAGCAAAAUAGAGCUAGAGGGAAUUGUAAUUUGGUUAUCAUUCAGGAUUUGGAAAUAAAUUUAUUGUUUGUAAAAUGUUA